CUGAUCUUCAUGCCAUUAUUCGUUCUGGCCAACCACUUACGGAUGCUCAUUAUCAAAGCUUUACUUAUCAAAUAUUGUGUGGAUUAAAGUAUAUCCAUUCAGCAAAUGUAUUACAUCGAGAUUUAAAACCUG